AUGAGACCGUCGCUCACUUUACUUGUGCGGCCCCGGCGGCCCGUACGCGACACUCCGCCGCUAUUACCGCCACUCCAGCUCUACCGUCGCAUCCUCAGAGCCCACGCUAAGCAGCUCCCGCCCGAUAUGCGCUACUUGGGCGACCUGUACGUCAAGGCCGAGUUCAAGCUGCACAAGGACACCGACAACCCGUUGUAUAUAGUUGGUUUCCUUACUCAGUGGCAGGACUACCUCCGCCAGCUUGACACUGGUGAGUGGGCCCAGGGGAAGAUGCUGAAGCACGACUUCGACAAAAUGCUGCCGGAACAGGUGCACCAGUUGUAUGAGCUCAUGCAGGCGACCCAGCUGAUCGGUGAAGACGACGAUGCGGGCGACAGUGGUCCCGUCCCCGUGUCGAAGUAA